CUGUACCUGGGCGUGGUGCUGUCAGCCGUGGUCAUCAUCACCGGCUGUUUCUCCUACUUCCAAGAGGCCAAGAGCUCCAGGAUCAUGGACUCCUUCAAGAAAAUGGUGCCACAGCAAGCGUUGGUGAUCCGUGAGGGGGAGAAGAUGCAGAUCAAUGCUGAGUUUGUGGUGCGGGGAGAUCUGGUGGAGAUCAAAGGAGGAGACCGCAUCCCGGCUGACCUUCGAGUGGUCUCCUCCAGCGGGUGCAAGGUGGACAACUCGUCUCUGACGGGAGAGUCGGAGCCUCAGACUCGCUCCCCAGAGUUCACACAUGACAAUCCUCUGGAAACCCGCAACAUCUGUUUCUUCUCCACCAACUGCGUCGAGGGGAUGGCAAAAGUGUGUCUGACUCUCACUGCCAAGCGAAUGGCCAAGAAGAACUGCCUGGUGAAGAACCUGGAGGCCGUAGAGACUCUGGGCUCCACCUCCACCAUCUGCUCCGACAAGACGGGCACGUUGACCCAGAACCGCAUGACCGUGGCCCACAUGUGGUUCGACAACCAGAUCCACGAGGCGGACACCACUGAGGACCAGACGGGUUUAGGAUUUGACAAGAGCUCUGCUACUUGGGUUGCUCUGUCUCGCGUGGCCGGGCUAUGCAACAGAGCGGAUUUCAAAGCCGGACAGGAGAACUUCCCCAUCCUGAUGAGGGAGACAGCGGGGGACGCUUCAGAGUCCGCUCUGUUCAAAUGCAUCGAGCUGUGCUGUGGGAGUGUUCGUGAGAUGAGAGCCAGAAACGCCAAAGUGGCCGAGAUCCCGUUCAACUCCACCAACAAAUACCAGCUCUCUGUCCAUGAAGCAGAAGACAAUCCCUCUGGUCAUAUUCUGGUCAUGAAGGGAGCGCCAGAGAGAAUCUUGGACAG